AUGGCUGUCUCAUCAUCCACCUUCAUCACAAUCUUUUGCAUUUUCCAUGUCAGUCAAAAGAGCAUUGGUGGAACAGAAGUGGAGAGAAAAGUCCGACCAGGGGAGAGAAUCACUCUUUUCUGUGACUGCCGCAUGCGUGAUGGUGAUGAUCUUCAGCUAUCAUACAUUAUCUGGAGCAGACACUACUCUCAUGUCAGCCAGCCCCCAUUUAGAAUUUCUUCAAUGGGAAAUAACUCUCCUUCUCAUCUAAGCUUGAUAAGGAACCCACUGAAUAAUACGUACGAUCUAGUGGUUGAGAACAUCACUAAAUAUGAUCUAGGGGUUUACUACUGUGGCUAUACCUGGAAAAAAGGGAAACAGAAGGAGAAGCAUGGAACAAUGUUUACCAGGCUAACUUUUGAAGAGCCUUCCAAACCUCCACCUCCAGACUGUCAGACUGUGUGGUCGUUGUUAGCCAUUUUGUGCCCAAUAAGUGCUCUACUUUCUGCCCUCACAUCAUCUGCUUGUGUGCUCAUUCUCAGCAAAAAGACAAAGUCAAAUAAAGAGGUUGCUGACAUUACGCCACAAAGGACAGUAGAGGAAGCAGAAAGCGCAAACUACGCUGCAAUUAACUUUGUUGCCCAUCAACACAAUCGCACACCGAGACCCAAGAGCACCCUAAACACGGACAGCUGUACCUACUCAGAGGUGAAAAGGAGCCCAGUUUAAAAAGUGACUUGUUAGUUUUGCAACUGCACUAUAUGAUGGUGUUACAUGAUAUAUUUCAGCAAAGUGAAUUUUUGACUUUGUUAUCAUUGGACACAUGUAGCCUACAAUAAGCGUGUUAUAAGUAAUGUGCAGUGCUUAAGAUGUCAAAGAUACCAUUUAUGUCAGUUAAUCCAGUUGUUACAGUAUCAGAAAAGCAAGGCUAGUACACUUUUUUAGCAUGCUCAGAAUACAGUAUUUUCAAAAAAGUAUUUGUAAAUGUAUUAUAAAUAUGUUUUCUGAUACAAAUAUGCUGAAACAUGUUAACGUGCAUGGACACACAAUG